UGAAUGAAUCAUUAACUCUCUCUCUCUCUCAUCCCUCUACCUCUUACGUGUGAAAGUUAAGGCCUUUCGUAAACUUCUCAACAUUUUGAUCGCGCUUCAUUUAAUUACUUACUCGUAAAGUUGUAAACUUGUUGGUGUGGGCCUCAUCAGCUUUUGCAUUGUGAGCACCAUAAAUAUCAGGUUCGCCAUAAAAACUUGGAGAGAGGCCAAACGCAUUACUCUUCUUCCUUCCAGUCUAGGAGCUCGAAUGGGUGCUCCAGUUUCUUCUUGGCCAUGGCAGAAUCUUGGCUCUUUCAAGUACCUUCUUUAUGGUCCUCUAGUGGCCAAGGUCAUCCAUUCCAGAGCAUGGGAGGGAGGAAGAACGGAGGGAGUUUGGUGUCUCCAUCUUUUACUUCUCUUUGCUUUCAGAGGUCUGAUUCAUCAGCUAUGGUGGUCUUAUAGCAGCAUGAUGUUUCUAACCAGGAAGAGGAGAAUCAUUAAACAGGGCUAUGACUUCAAGCAGAUAGACGAAGAGUGGGACUGGGACAACUUUAUGAUACCUCAAGCAUUCAUUGGAGCCAUGGCUUUCUAUUUGUUUCCUUCUUUGAAAGAACUCCCUUUGUGGGACCUCAAGGGUUUCUUCAUUGCUCUAAUGAUCCAUGCGGGGGUAUCAGAGCCUAUCUUUUACUGGGCUCACCGGACUUUCCACCGCGGACAGCUUUUCAGCCAUUAUCACUCUGUUCACCACUCCUCUGCGGUCCCCAGCUCUUUCACUGCUGGGCAUGGGACGCCAUUGGAGCACCUUGUGAUGAGUGUAUUGAUGGGAUUACCUUUGGUGGGAGCAAGCUUCAUGGGAGCUGGUUCUAUUGGUCUCCUCUAUGUCUACGUUUUGCUGUUUGAUUUCAUGAGAUGCAUGGGCCAUUCAAAUGUAGAGAUUUUCCCAAGCGCCUUAUUUGAAACUCUUCCCUUGUUCAGAUACCUUAUCUACACUCCAACGUACCAUAGCCUUCACCACACUGAGAAGGACUCCAAUUACUGCCUCUUUAUGCCUUUGUUUGAUGCAUUAGGUGGAACAAUCAAUACUAAAUCCUGGUCAUUGCAGAAGGAAAUAAGCUCAGGGAAGGACGUCGAGGUACCAGAUUUCGUCUUCCUGGCACAUGUCGUCGACGUGAUCUCCUCCCUACAUGCUCCCUUUGUUAUCCGUUCUUUCAGCUCGAAGCCAUUCAAAGUUCUGCCUUACAUUAUGGCUCUCUGGCCUGGUGGCUUCCUUGUCAUGCUAGCAAUGUGGGGUUGGUCCAAAACCUUUCUUUACUCAUUCUACAAUCUCCGAGGCCGAUUGCACCAGUACUGGGUGGUGCCCAGGCAUGGCUUUCAGUAUUUUCUGCCUUUUGCUAAGAAUGGCAUCAAUAAUCAGAUUGAGAAUGCCAUACUGAGAGCAGAUAAGAUGGGGGUCAAAGUGCUUAGCCUUGCAGCACUUAAUAAGAAUGAAUCGCUGAAUGGUGGUGGGACUUUGUUUGUGAACAAACAUCCUAAUCUAAAGGUAAGGGUUGUUCAUGGAAAUACACUAACAGCUGCUGUGAUACUUAAUGAGGUCCCCAAGGAUGUGAAAGAGGUCUUUUUAACUGGGGCUACUUCUAAGCUUGGGAGGGCAAUUGCUUUGUACCUCUGCAGAAAGAAGGUCCGGGUCCUGAUGCUGACCCUUUCUACUGAGAGAUUCCAAAAGAUACAGAAAGAAGCUCCUGCAGAUUGCCAGCAAUACCUGGUCCAAGUCACAAAAUACCAAGCUGCACAAAAUUGCAAAACAUGGAUUGUUGGCAAAUGGAUCACCUUUAGCGAGCAACGGUUAGCCCCACGAGGAACUCACUUCCACCAGUUUGUCGUCCCACCCAUCAUCGGAUUUCGACGUGAUUGCACCUACGGAAAACUCGCUGCAAUGAGACUUCCUCAGGAUGUUCAAGGGUUGGGCAUGUGUGAGUACACGCUUGAUCGAGGAGUCGUGCACGCCUGCCAUGCUGGAGGAGUGGUGCAUUGUCUUGAAGGCUGGACGCAUCAUGAGGUUGGUGCGCUUGAUGUUGAUCUCAUAGACGUUGUGUGGUCGGCGGCGCUGAAGCAUGGUCUCAGGCCAGCCUAAUAUUAAGAAUAUUUGAAAGGCUCUACCCUCCUCUUAUUUGAUUUCCUCAUAUGUAAUGAGAAGAAUAGCUUUUACUUAUCACCUCAACAUUGGAUCAUUUAAAUUUACUAAGAAUUACAAUCUCUAGUGUUGCAGCUCAAAGAAAAUAAAGUUAUAUUGAGAAAGCCUGUGAGAAUUUUAGACCUAUUAUUUCAUUAAUAGAGAUCCACAGUUUCUAGAGCUUAA